AUGAGUAUUCCAACUUCCAUCCACGCGGCGCGAGAGCUGAUUCGUAUCAAGACUAGCGGCAACGAGUUUGUGGGGCUCGUUCACGCGGCAACCAAUGAAGACCCCUGGGGCCCAACAGGGACGCAGAUGGAUGACGUCUGUCGUGCGUUUCCACGCGGGUCAGUUGACAUCAUGGAGGAGAUCAAACUGCGCCUGAAGAACCGGGAGAAGUCGUGGCGUUCCUGUUACAAGUCUUUGCUUCUGCUCGAUCACCUCGCACGUAAUGUCUCAGAGUCAGGGUUGCCAGCAAUAUGUUCUGUAGCUCCUACUAUUCGCCUCAUAUCGCAGACCUUCUACUACACGGGAAGCAAAGGAACGGACCACGGUUUGUCUGUGCGGGAGCGCGCCAAGAAGCUGUGCGACCUCCUUUGCGACGGUGCGUUGCUGCGUGAGGAGCGUGAAAAGGCGUCCCUCACACGCAGCAAACUCUCUGGCGUAUCUGGCGGUGGUGGCGCGUAUUCAUCGUCGCGGUACCAAGGCUACUCAAGCAGUUACCCGCCGCCACCACCACCUGCUGCCACGUACGACCGUCAGACACAGCCAGCUCGCUCGAAAGAGGAGCAGGAGAGAUACGACAUGGAGCUUGCUGCUAGAAUGCAGCGCGAAGAGGAAAGCCGUGCUGGUAUGACGGCCCUGGAGGCAGAGCGCAUGUUUAACCAGCAAGUGCAGCGUCCACCUAGUACAGUGUCACAGGUAGCCCGCAAUGCCGACUUGGAGUUGGCACGGCGCCUUGAAGAGGAAGAAGAGCAGCGUCGUGCGCUCCGUGGCAAGGGGGCGCCGCCCGUCACGCAGAGCGGGACUGCAGCGGGGCAAGCGAGUCCUCCAGUUUCAAAGGCUAUGGUGCCCCUUCCCAAGGUAGAGCCGCCCAAGUCCGAUGCCCUUGAUGACUUGUUUGCGCCGACCCCUGUGGCUCCUAACAGUAACAGCGUUCAACAACCUAACUGGAUGACCAGCGCGCCGGCCCCGCAAGUAUCAGCCCCUGUGGAUCCUUUUGACGCAUUCUUGGACACACGCAUUCAACAACAACAACAACAGCAGCAGCAGCAGCAGCAGCUGCAGCAAUAUCAACAACCACAAGAAAUACCGUACGGAGGUUUGCAGUCAGCACCGGUGCCUCAACAGACCAAUUUCGGCAUGGCUUCAGGUGACAUGUGGUACACUGCGCCGCAAGCACAGGUGCAAAUGCCACCACAAGGACAACUUGGUGGGUGGUCUACUGGAGUUCCAAUGCAACCGCCAUAUAGCGGUGCAUCGCCACAAUCUCACUGGGGAACGCUACCAACGACAGACAAUUCUUCUUCCACUGGGGCAUAUCAGGUGCCGCCAGUUGCUGGGGGAAACACCUUUCAAGGGAAUUUACUUACCAAUAAUGCGGCUGGUGCGCCGAACAGUGGAAUCCUGAUGGAGCAGCAGAUGGCUCAGUUUGCCGGACAGCUUGGUGGCCAGACGCAGUGCUCGACGAAGUCAUUGGAUGCUUUAAUGGCUGAGCGCCGGAAGGGCCAGUAG